AGGGAGAGAGGAAUUCAGUCCUAUUUAAAUGGGAAUCAAAAGCGCACAGAGGAAAAGGGACCAAGAGUGAGAAACAAAAAAAAGUGGAGUCAGGUUUAAUUUACGCACUGAAAAAACUGAGACAUAGUUUAAGAAAGACAAGGGCAAUAGAAUUAAAGAAGCAUUGGAUUUUUUUUUUUCUCUAGAUGUGUGUUUUUGCACUCUCAUGACUCAAAGAGGAUUCCAGUUAAAUUCACCCGAUCGGGAGGAAUUGAUGGUGUCUUGUUGGGGAGGCAGAGCCGAGGGGAGGAAUCUGAAUGCGCUCGGCUGAACCAUGCCAGCUUUGUGGAUCAUAACUUUGGCGAUCACUUUAAACCAAGUGUGGUGCGUUCGUUUCUCCCAAGAGCCCGCGGACCAGUCGGUGGUGCUGGGAGAACGGGUGGUGCUGUCCUGUGUCGUCUUCAACUACAGCGGCAUCGUCCAGUGGACCAAGGACGGCCUGGCACUCGGCAUUGGAGAGGGUCUUCGAGCGUGGCCCAGGUAUCGCAUCCUGCGUUCUCUCGACAUCGGCCAGUACAACUUGGAGAUCUCCAACGCCGAGCUUUCUGAUGACUCUCUCUAUGAGUGUCAGGCCACAGAGGCCGCCUUGCGCUCCAGGAGGGCGAAGCUCAAUGUACUCAUCCCCCCUGAGGACCCAGUGGUCGAGGGAUCCCCUGAGCUCUUGCUGAUGGCUGGUACUUCACACAACCUGACCUGUGUGACUCGUGGGGCCAAGCCUGCGGCACACAUCCAGUGGACCAAGAAUGGCCUUCCUGCGGAGGGGGCCUACCACUCCACGGAAGUGCUGCCAGACAGGAAAAGGGUUACGACCAGGAGCUACCUGCCCAUCACACCAGUCGACACAGACAGUGGCAGCAAUUUCACCUGUGUGGCCAGCAAUCCAGCUGUACCUAUGGGGAAACGAACCACCCUAACCCUCAAUGUUCACCACCCUCCCACCGUGACCCUGUCCAUCGAGCCUCGCUCUGUCCUUGAGGGAGAGAGGGUUACCUUUACCUGCCAGGCCACUGCCAACCCUCCUAUCAUGGGCUACAGGUGGGCUAAAGGUGGCGUGCUGCUGGAGGGAGCCAGAGAGAGCGUGUUUGUCACCACCGCAGAUCACUCAUUCUUCACCGAGCCCGUGUCCUGUCAGGUGUUUAAUGCCGUGGGAAGCACUAACGUCAGCAUCCUUGUGGACGUGCACUUUGGCCCCAUACUGGUAGUGGAGCCCAGGCCGGUUACAGUGGAUGUGGACGCAGACGUCACUCUGAACUGCAAGUGGUCUGGAAACCCUCCUCUCACUCUCACCUGGACUAAAAAGGGUUCCAGCAUGGUGCUAAGCAACAACAACCAACUGCAUCUGAAGUCAGUGAGCCAGGCUGAUGCAGGCCAGUAUGUCUGCAAGGCCAUCGUGCCCCGAAUUGGCGUGGGAGAGACCGAGGUUACGCUCACUGUCAACGGCCCCCCUAUCAUCUCCAGUGAUCCGGUUCAGUACGCUGUCAGAGGGGAGAGAGGGGAGAUCAAAUGUUACAUCGCCAGCACCCCUCCACCUGAUAAGAUUGUUUGGGCGUGGAAGGAAAACGUCUGGGAAAAAGAGAAAGGCACAUUAAUGGAGAGGUACACAGUGGAGCAGAGUAAACCUCCAUCUCAAGGCGGGGCUGUUCUCUCCACCCUGACCAUCAACAAUGUCAUGGAGUCAGACUUCCACUCCCCGUACAACUGCACUGCCUGGAACUCCUUCGGACCUGGCACCAUGAUUAUCACACUGGAGGAGAAGGAUAUUGUUCCAGUGGGAAUUAUCGCUGGUGGCACGGUGGGCUCCUCCAUUCUGCUGCUUAUUUUUCUACUGGCACUCGCCUUCUUCCUGUACCGCCAACGCAAAGGCAGUCGAAGGGGUGUCACCCUCGGUAAACCAGACAUCAAGGUAGAAACGGUGAACAAAGAAACCCACAGCCUGGAGGAGGAGGCGGCCAACGUCUCCACAGCAACCCGGAUGGUCAAGGCUAUGUACUCUCCAUUCAAAGAUGACAUGGACCUGAAGCAGGACGUCAGAAGCGAGAGUGACACCCGGGAGGAGUACGAGCUCAAGGAUCCAACCAAUGGCUACUACAAUGUCCGUGCUACAACCCAUGACGAGGCGCGCCCCCAGUCCCGGGUCGUCCACUACCAGGGAGAGUUUCGCUCUCCAAACCCAAGCAGCGGACCAGCAGGAGCGACUUCCAGCGGACCCUCUGCGUCUGCCAGCGGUGCAGUUCCCCCCAGUGCGGUGCCGGGCUCAAGAGCUGGCUGCUACGACCCCCGUCCACCAUCCAGGAUGUCCCAUUCUACUUAUGCCCAAUUCAACACAUUCUCCAGGGCAGCACAAAGCCAGCAAGCCCCUGCUAAUCCAGCUCUUCAGUCACCCGGAGAAUACCCUGGAGACUGUGGCCUGCUGGACAGCACCACCCAACUGGCUUAUGACAACUACGGAUACCCUUCCCAGUAUCCCAGCUACCGCAUGGGCUUUGCUCCACCCAUAGAGGAAGGGCCAGCCUAUGAGAUGUACCCAACGGGACAAGGGACAGGGCCAGGACCAGGACCACAAAGUCCUGAAACAGGGCUGGGAAAGUAUGGAAGCUCCACUCGCUUCUCAUACUCAUCUCCACCUUCUGACUAUUCGCAGAGACACACACAACGGAUGCAGACUCAUGUGUGAGAAAGUGGUAUACAAGCUUUUUGGAUUUGCUUUUUACAGGAGCAGUACUUAUUACACAGAAACAUAAAAAAAAUCUUUGAAAUUUUCAAAAAAUGCCCUCAUAUCUAUACAUAAACACCUAAGAAUCUGUUUUCUGUUUUCAUCCUAACCACUGCAUGGUAUUCGGCUAAUUUUCUGAGUUGAUAAAACACCCAGCAGUUAGCAGCAUCGCAUAUUGUACGGUUCACAGCAAUACAUGCAACACAUGCACAGCGAUAUUCAUACACAUCUAAGAAGAUCUUCUGUCUGCAAUGUUUAUGCUCCAAUAAAAACAACAGCGAGAGCCACAAUCAAGAGAAAACAGACAAAAAGACAAGAAGAGCACUUUGAAGACACGAUGAAGAAGAGGAGCUUAGGGGAUGCCGAGUGAUCCUUUCUCUUCCAGCAAUUCUCAUCUUGCUCUUGGACCGUUUUCUUCCAUCACAUGGUCCUGCCACCCCAUCUCUGUAAAUAACCGCACAUGGAGAUUAGGGUCAUUUUAAAGAUGUUUCCUUGUACAAAACUAUACAUUGUGAUGCAGUACAUUGACCUACAGCAAACCCCUCUGCUAGUCACACGUUUUACAUUUAGUGACUCUAACAAAUUGCAGAACACACACGUGCAGACACACACACACACACACAGAUCUCUACAAGCCUAUUUGUUUCUAUGUAUUGCAUCAAUGGGGCAGCUUGGACUAAUAGUAUAUGUGGCACUUUUUGACUCCCCUUUCCUCACUAAAACUCACCCAAUUGCCAUUCCUUACAAGAUCUACCUUGAUUUAAAUGGGACAAAGCUUCUUAAGGUGAGUGACCAGAGUGCCAGUGCUUAUGUGCCAACACAUACGAACUAUUAAGACGUGUCUUCUUUUUGUAAAGCGUGGACAAUGAGGUGCUCUGGAUGAUGAGAUUUUGUACAUGCCACAUCUAAGAUGACCGGAGCGGUAGCAAGCGUUUCUAUGCUCCUUCACCCCAUCUUUCAUUUUUAUCAUCAUGAUGCAUUUCUAUACAUUUCACUCAAGGUCAAUGCUAUAAAUGGUUUUUGUGAAACGAGGUGGGAGUGCUUUUUCAUUAAAUGAAUCUCUGCAAUUUGUACAAAAAGAUACCUCCCCUGUCCUCAGUGUCAAAAACGUAUGUGUUUCUAUCACUUGCACAGUAGAAUAGAUUUUUUUUCCAUAUUUAUACGGAACGGUAUUGAAAAAAAAAAAAUAACGGCAUUCAGAAACAUUUUAUAGUAUUUUUAUAAGGAGUUGUGGACCAAAGGUUCAGCAUUUUGGGUGACACUCACUUUUUAAUGUGUAUGUGGCAUCGUAUUGGAAACGUUCCUUUACAAAGAGAUGGAUGGUGUUUUUAAAGUGGAUGUUGUAGACUUAAAUUAGAAAAAACAUGAAGAGCUUCACUUCAGAAUGAUGAAUAUCCAGCAAAGGCAAAUGUCUUUAAUGGAUAUCUCUGUUUGGUGUGAAGCUCUUUCUUUGACUUCCAGUCUUCUGACUGGACUGCCUUUUUCAAAUGUUGACGACAUUCAAUUGAAAUGGAUGGAGAAGCAGCAGCUGCUCAGGUUGAGCUGUGCUGUAAACUUUGCAAGCAAAGAGAAGGUUCAAACAUAUCAAAGUGAAAGUACAGAGGAUUCUAUCUAGCUCAUAUGGUACUUUGUACAUUUUGAAGUAUGUGUAAGUAUGCUGGUUUCCUCACUGCAGCAGGAAUUUGGUGGUAUGUUAUGUCCGAGAUUUUUCCCAUUAUGUUGUGUCAGCUUUUGAUGCAUGUGAUUGACCUUUAACCCCUAUGAUCAGCAUUUAAAACGUUGCUCCUCUAAAGUAAUGUCACUGAAUAGCUGUUUGGCCAUUUGCAAUGAUUAUCACACUAAUGUUGUUACAAUUUGCACACUUUGUUACUGAGAUUUGGUUGGAUUGCUUCACCGUAUAACUUCAAAACUUCACCUUCUGGUGACGUGUUUGUUGAUUAGAUGCAGCAGCAUCAGUCUUCACUAUAUACUGACCUUUAGCUUAUAAGGUUCAUCGGCUGAUCUCCAGUUUUAUUGCUCACAAAAGAUUAAGACAGUUCACAUUUUUAGCAACUCUUGGGAAUUGUACCUUUUCCUAAGAGCACAUACUGUACUGUGUAUACUUUACUGGACAGACACAGUUACGAGAGAGCAGAAGCAAUAAAGUUUCACCCACUUGUACCUUUAUUCUACAGCAGUUAAAAUCUGAGAACAGAUAAUAGUGGUGUUUUAAAAUAAGACCCCAGGCUGCAAAGGGAAGCCUGAAAUCUCAGCACCUCCAGAGGUAAUCAUUGAGUGUAUCAGCCGCCCUAUCAACCCCUCUCGGUAUAUUAUGGUAAUUGUGUGCUAAGGGGCUGUAAAAAAUGUAUUUAUUGCCUCUGUUUUGAAUAAACACAGAGAAAUGAAACCACAGACACACCGUUUCUGAUUAGAACAUCAGAUUGAACCUUGUAGCUCCAAGGUCACUAUAUAAACCUUUUCAGAGAAAAGAAUGGCAGGUGGAGCAGCCUUUUAAAUUUAUAUGGUUAUCACAGCCUUGGUAUUGCAUACUAUUACCUCUUUACAACCCUUUUACAGAGUUGUAGCUGCGCAGUAUUUUGCAUCUGACAUACAAUGUCGUUAUGACCUUGUGUAGAAGGAGUACAUUUGACACAGAGGAGGUACUGAGGCCAACAAAUACAUGGCCAGGCCAUCCAGGUACUUAGUUUUUACCUCUUUACUGUUUACGGUUUGUUGACAGUGGGGACAUAUGAAUAUGUAAAAGACACCACAGAUGCCAAAAAUGCAGACCAUGUGUUUAGAUUUGGUUCAGCAACGAAAAGAUGUGUGAUUUGGAAGAGAAGAGGUGUUUACCCCAUUGGGUUGUUAUUUUAUGUCCUUUUCCCCCCUUUUCCAUAUGUACCUGUCACUGCAAUGUGUACUGAUGCUCUUAUGUAGAAGGAGUACUCUACUCUCUCCCCCAUGUCAUAUUAAUUGCCACCUACAAGCUUCCAAAUUUAGAGGAUGAACCUGCCUUUUCAUGGAAAAAAAAAAAUCAUCGCAGCAUAGCUUUCUUCCAAGAUUACAACAUAUGGGGUCGAUAUAUCUAUCUUGCUUGCAUAAAUGUUUGUAUGUCGGGUGUCUUUUUUAGAGACUAUAUAGCUUCAUGAGCUCAUGACAUUCAUCCAUUGUUAAAUUAUUCCAUAAUCAUGUUUCUUUUCAAGAAAAUCAGUAUUUUAUUUUUUUUCUAUUACUUUAUAGUGAUUCAUCACCACUGUAGUUGAAAGCGUGUGAUUUAACUUUUAAAGACAGUACUUUAUUUUAUGUUGUAUGCAUCAGAUAGACGGGUUCUAAUUAAUCAACCCAGUGAAAAGUGAGAAGGGUUUUGUGCAUCCGGGGCCAAAACGACUGCCCAGCCAGGCCACAAAUAGCCAAAAUUCUGCCUCAACUAGGCCAACGCAGGCUAUAUUCAGGCCAGACCAACAGCUAACUGCUCCGUUCCAUGCUGUGCUGUGCUGUGACAGGCCCGGCCAACAGUGACUGAAGUGGCUCGGUGUCCAUUUUUACCUUUUGGAGUUUCCAGUGAUUGCCAGAAGACUGUGCAAAAAAUGAACUGAGCAGAAAAACAAAUGCAACAGCCAUUUGUGUUUAUUGUGUUUAUGUAAG